UGGAGGCGGGGGAAGAUGGCGGACGGCAGAGCUGAGGGGAAGAAGGCGAAGCGGCCGCAGCCCGGAGGAGGACCUGAAGAAGAGGCAGAAAAACCUGUGAAAACUAAGACUGUUUCUUCCAGUAAUGGAGGAGAAAGUUCGAGUCGCAGCGCAGAGAAACGGUCAGCUAAUGAAGAAGCUGAAGACUUCAACGCAAAGCCUGCUCCUGCCAAAAUGUCCAAGUUUGGAUUUGCCAUAGGCAGUCAGACAGCAAAGAAGGCAUCUGCAAUAUCCAUCAAACUAGGAGCAAAUAAGCCUAAAGAGCCUGUUCCAACUCUUGCUCCAAAAACCCUUUCCGUAGCAGCAGCUUUCAAUGAAGAUGAAGAUAGCGAACCAGAAGAAAUGCCUCCAGAAGCCAAGAUGCGCAUGAAGAACAUUGGAAGGGAUACACCAACCUCAGCAGGACCAAAUUCCUUCAAUAAAGGAAAGCAUGGUUUUUCUGACAACCAGAAGCUAUGGGAACGAAAUAUAAAAUCUCAUCUUGGAAAUGUCCAUGACCAUGAAAAUAACUAAAUGAUGUGGAUUGAGAGUUGGGUGUUUGGGGGGAGGGGAGGGUAUAAUGUUAAAGGAACAGUUUCCUUUUUUAAGAAUGGUAUGCCUAUCUUUGGAGCCACUUUUUUAAGAUUUUGAGUGGUACACUAAUAACUGAGUUUGAAAUUAGAGGUAAUUUAUGUUUUGUAUACAGAUUUCAAGGCGUUUGCUAAUUUUGUAGUUCCAUGUGAUUAGUUUCAAAAGGUUACAGAUAAUAAAGAAAUUAGAGUGGUACCUUUUUAAGAUUUUUUUUUUUGGUCAGUAGUUAGGGUGGAUAAAAAAGGUUACUGUCUCUUUAAUCAGUUUAACAUUGAAUGCUCUUGCAUUCUUAUUUCUGGCUCCCUCUUCAUAACAGGAGAAACAGUUGACUCCUAGGAAUACUGCUAAAGAGAGUGAGCAUUGUCUUGUGCUAGAAGUGUUACUGGACUAUUAAUUUGAAUAUAAACUUACGCAGGAAAUAGUAGGAACCUGUUUGUUUUGUUUUGUUUUUUUUCUCCCUGCAGUCACCUUUUGUUAAGUCUCUGCAAACUAGGAAUUAUGUUGCUCUGAGUGGCUCUGGUUACUUAGCUCUAAUUUUGUUUAAAACUUCAUGUAGGUUGUGUAACCCUCUGUGGCCUGUUUCAUCCUAAGGAAAUGGGCUUUGUCUGUAUAUUAGAUACAGUCUGUAAAGAACAUUCACUGCAAAGGUAAAUCAGUAUUUUCACUGUGCUCCUCUUAAAUCAUUAGCCUUGAGUAUUGCUUGUUAGCAUUUCCUCGUGGUACACAAAAGCCACCACCAAAAAGACAAGCUAAUGUACGUUAAGCUUCACGUUUGGUUGGAAUGUUUUUCUUUACUAUGCCUAGAAGGAAUAAAAGCCACACCAAAAAUCAGUAACUCACUGCUUAAGUAUGAAAAAUCUCAGAUGCACUUUCCCUGUCUUGCCAUUUAAAAAAAAUGCUUUGAUGCCUAUGACUCAGUGGACACUAUCAGGUUAAAGAAGAAUGCUGUAUUUACAGUCCUAACUCUUCUAAAAAGUGCCAGCUUCAGAAAUAAAACCUUUUCCUACCUGCCCACAUUUUGCAUUUUCAACAGUGACAUUAGUCUGGUCAAUUUAAUUGCCUAGCUUUCAUGCUGCAGAACAGUGCUGUAGGAUUUCAAACCUAGUAACAACUGUCUAAAUUUCAGUCUAAUUUAGAUUGCAUAUUUUAAAAACGUUUUACUAGCAGAACUGGUUAUACAGAAAGUUCUCACCAGCAACAACACCUUCCCACCCCCCAAGCACACAUAAGGUUCUUUAUAAACUCAAAUACCUGAUAAUGUCGACCACUAAAUUAAUUGCAUCCUGGAACUAGUCAUGGAAUUCAAUAUGUUAAUUGCUUUCAUCCUCCCUUUAAAGCCUUUCUUUAUGCUAAAGUUGAACCUGCAAGUGCAGAAAGGAAAGUGCAUCUUAAGCCUAUUUUUUUUUAUUAUUAUGAUUUCAGGAAAGCUCUGACCACUUAGACUUUUGAGUUUGUAAGUUCUAAAAAAUAUUUUUUUUUGUAUUUUUGUAUUGUAUGUGUAAUCUUUUUUCUUUUGAAGUCUGAUGCAGUUGAAUACCUGUAACUAUUUUCUUUAAAAGCCUUGUUAUAAACGUAACAUAAAAACAUAUACAUUAUUUUUUUUUUCCAUAGCAGAAACCUUUGGUUUAUUUUAAAACAAAACACACUUUCAAAAUUGACUUUCGGGACUUCCAAAACUGAUUUGGGCAUUACUGGAAUCAGCAAGGCAAGAUGAAGCAUUUACUUUUCACUUAUUUUUAUCACGUGGUUAUGUUUGUUGAAAUAAAUGCCUUUUAGAUAGUGGUAA